AUGGACUCCCGCCGUGAGCUCAGCCCUGCGCUCGCUUGUUCACUCACGCAGAAGCAGGAUGAUGGGCUUUCGGGCCUUGACAUUCUGAGUUCUGUCGCCAAAGUGGAUUCCCUCAAGGAUAUCAGCUCAUUGGAAGAAUUAUCUCAAAACGAGCCCUCGGUGAUUGAAUUGCUUAAUCACUAUUCCAAACUGUCCGGGGACACCCCCGCGACUGCACAAGCCGCCCGGGACGUAGUGGUAGCAUGUCGCCAGUCACAAAUCCACACGAGGGCCGGCAAAUCUGAAACCCAAGGCCCCGGUUUCGAUAGGUUGAUCUAUCUCCUUGAUCGAUAUCUAGAUUAUUGUGGUUCUAUCAAACUCGCAGCCUUCCCGAUCGAUCACUUGAAAAUCAGUCUCUGGCUCAAGAAUGACGUGACCUUGACCACUAAUUCAACGCGUCUAAAGCCUUUGAAAAAAACGGUCCGCUGUUACGUGACUUCGUUGGAGUCGAUCCGCGUCAAAACGCUCCACCUUUUCAAAGGCAUCCACCUUCCAGUCCACCUGAUGAAAAGUAAAAUUAUCCUCGAAAUCCUGAAUGGUCUUUCAGUCGAAAGGGACAAUUUGGAAGAGCGUCUCGGUGGAAAUCACUGCCCCGCGCAACAAUCACUUGGUGCUGGGGAGUCUCAAUCAGGACGCGAUUUGUUGCUCAACGAAAUCCGCUCGAGGUCUGGAGAUGAGUGGGGCCAGCAGGCAAUGGAAAUCGUGAAGGCAUCCCGUGGCGGAGAGCAGAGCGAAAGCGGGGGCAAAGCACGAGGAAAGGCUGCUGAUCCACACAUACAUACGUUGUUAAGAUAUCGAAACUAUUGUUUUCUCAAUAAGAUCCCAAUGUGGCCAAUCGACUCACCCAGGGUGGCCUUGUGGCUCAAAGAAUCCGUUCUAGUUGGUGACCCACGCAACAAAAGCAAGAAAUCCACCGUUAGUUUCAGGACAGUCCAAGUAUACCUCUCCCGACUCGAAUACGCUAGACAUAAAACCGAGCAUUUGUUUAGUGCAUUCGCCAAUCACGGGGGUUCACUGUACAAAGCCACAGAAAUUGUCGAGAUUUUGAACGAUUUAAACAACCCUAAGAAGGCGCAGGUUGCCGUGAAAGAGAACGAAGAAGAUGAUUCGACACAGUCGGCUAUUCCAUCGUCAGAGGGCUAUGCACCGGUCUCACGCAGCUCCUCACAAGGCACGGAGGAAUCGCCGGCGACCGAAGAUCCAGCAGUCACCGAAGAUCCGCCGAUUUUCUCAGUCUUACCAAAACGCACGGGUCUGCCUUCACGCUUACCGUCACUACCUUCGUCACAUCCGUCCCAAAGCAAGAAGAGGAAGUUGUCUACGGCUCGCAAUUUCUCUUCACGAAAGGCUUUCAAGAUGGACAUCGAGAACUCGUCUGCAUUAAAGAUGUCUAACAAUGAGAGGGAAAUCCGCGCAGAGCCACGCGUUGCUCUUCGGGACACCAACGGGCGACGAACUGCAUCAUUCCGAGUGGAAGCCGGCCGCCAAAUACUGUCUCGCCUUGCGAAUGCUAACCCAGUGGCACCCGCAUCACCAACCGGCGGCAGCUUGAGCUUCCCCUCAAUAUCCGAAUGGUUUUCACCUCCACCUUCGCCGGCCAAGGGAAACAAAGGAUGUAUAUCGUUCAUAUUGUGCUCCGACGAAGAAUCCGAACGAAGUUACACCACUGCCACCACUUCCUACGAGAUCUCGACUCCACAUAGGACCCCAACUCGCCACGCUGCGAGCAAAGGGCUUCCCAUGACGCCGAGCAGAUUACUCGAUUCACCAUCUUGCCAUCGCUUCUGGACUAACCCCCUAAGCGGACUCAAUCCCUACAAAUGA